AGAGGAGCGAGAAAGACACACACGCAGAGCACACGGGCACCGGAAUUCCAUUAGGAAAAAAGUGAGACGAGCAAGGGUUAGUGGGAGAAGAUUUCUUUUUUCUUCGUCUUGGUGCGAAACAAGCCACUCUGGUCUCUGAUUCUGGAAGCUCCCGCUGGAUUGUUUCUUGGCUUUCACACCCGUCGGUGGAUUUCUUUCAUUUUUUUUUUUUUUUUGCAUUUAAUUUUGACCCCCACCCUUGCCUCUUCCUACAGCUCUUCAUUCUCAAAUCGCCUCUUCCCUACCUUCCCAGCCCCUUCUUGGGAAGCGCAGGGGAAUCGGACCCGUGGAGAUCCACGCCUUCCCGGACCAACUGAGAAGAAGGUUGACCUCAGGACUGGGCUGUCGGUUCCUAAAACAUAUAUCUAUACAUUACAGACGUGUGUAUUUUAUUUUAGUGGGAAGAGGGGGGCGUCGAGAGGCGGCCCACCGCCCUCCUUCCACCCCACCCCCUCGAGCCAGAGGCGAGAAUCGCAGGACUCAGUCAGGAUCUUCACCGGGUGGACUAGCUGGGAUCUCCGCAUUGGAUUUGGGGCUGAUUAACACUGCUUGGCUAUUAGUAUUGUUAUCAUUAUUAUUACUAUUAUUAAUUUUUAACCCAAGGGAGAAAGAAAAAAAAAAAAAAGGAAAGAACUGUGGGAUCUAUUUAACAUGAUCUUGGCAAACGCCUUCUGCCUCUUCUUCUUUUUAGACGAGACCCUCCGCUCUUUGGCCAGCCCUUCCUCCCUUCAGGGCCCCGAGCUGCACGGCUGGCGCCCCCCAGUGGACUGUGUCCGGGCCAAUGAGCUGUGUGCAGCUGAAUCCAACUGCAGCUCCCGCUACCGCACACUGCGGCAGUGCCUGGCAGGCCGGGACCGCAACACCAUGCUGGCCAACAAGGAGUGCCAGGCGGCCCUGGAGGUCCUGCAGGAGAGUCCGCUGUACGACUGCCGCUGCAAGCGGGGCAUGAAGAAGGAACUUCAGUGCUUGCAGAUCUACUGGAGCAUCCACCUGGGGCUGACCGAGGGUGAGGAGUUUUACGAAGCCUCACCCUAUGAGCCCGUCACCUCCCGCCUCUCGGACAUCUUCAGGCUUGCUUCAAUCUUCUCAGGGACAGGGGCAGACCCAGUGGUCAGCGCCAAGAGCAACCACUGCCUGGAUGCUGCCAAGGCCUGCAACCUGAAUGACAACUGCAAGAAGCUGCGCUCCUCCUACAUCUCCAUCUGCAACCGCGAGAUCUCCGCCACGGAGCGCUGCAACCGCCGCAAGUGCCACAAAGCCCUGCGCCAGUUCUUUGACCGGGUGCCCAGCGAGUACACCUACCGCAUGCUCUUCUGCUCCUGCCAAGACCAGGCGUGUGCCGAGCGCCGCCGGCAGACCAUCUUGCCCAGCUGCUCCUACGAGGACAAAGAGAAGCCCAACUGCCUGGACCUUCGUAGCAUGUGCAGGACUGACCACCUGUGCCGGUCCCGGCUGGCAGACUUCCACACCAAUUGUCGAGCCUCCUACCAGACACUCACCAGCUGCCCUACGGACAAUUACCAGGCGUGUCUAGGCUCCUAUGCUGGCAUGAUUGGAUUUGACAUGACACCGAACUACGUGGACUCCAGCCCCACUGGCAUUGUGGUGUCCCCCUGGUGCAGUUGUCGUGGGAGUGGCAACAUGGAGGAGGAGUGUGAGAAGUUCCUCAGGGACUUCACCGAGAACCCGUGCCUCCGGAAUGCCAUCCAGGCCUUUGGCAAUGGCACUGAUGUGAACCUGUCCCCUAAAAACCCCUCAUUCCAGGCCACCCAGACCCCUCGGGUGGAGAAGAUUCCUUCUCUGCCAGAUGACCUCAGUGAUAGCACCAGUCUGGGGACCAGUGUCAUCACCACCUGCACUUCUGUCCAGGAGCAGGGCCUGAAGACCAAUAACUCCAAAGAGUUAAGCAUGUGCUUCACAGAGCUCACCACAAACAUCAUCCCAGGGAGUAACAAGGUGAUAAACCCUAACUCAGGCCCCAGCAGAGGCAGACCGACUGCUGCCUUGACCACACUCUCAUUUCUGCUGCUGCAACUGGCUUUGUAGGUCCUGGGAAGCACAGUGGAAGAUUUCUGGAAGCUUCACUAACGAGAAACACCUGCCCGACAAAAUGGAAACACACACAGACACACAAACACACACCCUUGC